GGGGGGGUCGAGGGUGGGAUCCCUGGCCGGUCGGGGAGUGGGCGGCGGGCGGCACCCCUGGAGGACUCAGCCUCUGCCCCGCCUUCCAGCCCCCAGGGGCGGACCCGCGUCGGGAAAGUUGUGAGGCGCUCGGGGUGCGGUCGGGAAAGGGCCGCUGCUGCCCUCCCGUGGCCAAGCGGCCACGCGCGCCUACACCCCCUGGGACCUCGCGGGAGGGGGCUGCGGAAGACGGCCGCCCCCAGCUAGUAGAAUCCUGCCGCGUGGGGUGAGUCUGAGGCCUGUGGAUGAACAGACAGAAGCUGAAAGAUCCCCAAAAAGAGGCCUGGAUAUAACUGCAUUCGUACAGAUGCUCCACAGAUGUAUUUAGCCAGUCCUUUAUUGGUGGUUGUUUAAGUUGUCGCCAGGCGUUUUGAGGAUCAGUUUGCUCAUCCGUGGGUACAAAUAAUCCCACUUUGUAGGACAGUUGUGAGGGCCGCAAGAGCAUGUAUGUGAUGUGCCUGGGUCAAGUGCUCAACAAAUGGGGGUCAGCAGUAUUGUUCCUCCCAUGGUACAGCCCUCCAAGGGACCGUGUCGGGUUCAUCCUUCAAGACGCUCUUAAAUGGCAUCUCCCCUACAAAGCUGUCUGUGGCUUUCCCGACCGGGCAGUCUCCCAGCUCCCUUUCCCUCCAUGGAUGCGUGAGAGGACCGCUCAGAACUGGAGUACGGGCCACUGGCUGCUGGUACUUUCCCUGGCCUUCCUGUGGACCCACCUUGCCUCGGCUUCCUUGCAGCCGCCAACUCCCACAGUCCUGGUGAAACAGGGCACCUGCGAGGUGAUUGCUGCUCAUCGCUGCUGCAACCGGAACCGCAUCGAGGAGCGCUCCCAGACUGUCCAGUGCUCUUGCUUUUCUGGCCAGGUGGCCGGCACCACACGGGCAAAGCCCUCCUGCGUGGACGCCUCCAUUGUCCUGCAGAAGUGGUGGUGUCAGAUGGAGCCCUGCCUGCCAGGGGAGGAGUGCAAAGUGCUCCCGGAUCUGUCAGGAUGGAGCUGCAGCAGCGGACACAAAGUCAAAACCACCAAGGUUACACGAUAGUUCUUGGGGUCACGGCCUGGACAGGACAGCUUGACUGAGCCAUGGACUGAAGAAUGGUAUUGUUAUCAGCCAACAAAAGUGGAGAUUCACUUACCUGGACACACGCCCUGUGCCAAGUGCAGAAUCACUCUUUCCAGGGGCAUUUCAAUUGAGUUGCUCAGCAGAUAAGGACAGAUCUCCGGCCACACACCUAGUGUUGUGCUGGGUUCUCCUGGGGGACCCAGAAGAAGGUCAAGAUACAAUUCCUGCCCUUGAGGAAUGUCCAGUCAAGUUGGAGAGUUGUUGAAAGAUGAUUGAGCUAAUCGACGUUAAAGGUACAGGACUCUGUACAGCUUCUGGACCAUACGCUGCGGGCAUGUUGGGGGUGCAAGGGUGAGACUCCCACAGCCCUUCAGCCACCCCCUCACCACAAGGCACGAAGACAAGAUGUCAUGUUCACCACCUGCCACUUCCCUCCCUCAUGUCAGUCUGAACACCCAGCAAGCUGCCAACAUGUUGAAGGAAAUCCUCGCCUCCAUGAGAGACCAGCUGUAUCUCAUUUGCUUGGGACUCUGUUGACUUGGGGAAGGAAAGCCGACGUGAAGCCAGACAACUUUCCAGCAAAGCUCUGCGGAGAUGUGGCUUAGUUUGGGCUGUUCAUUGGGGAUGGGAUGGAUAGGACCUUAAAAUCGCCCCCAUCCAAGGACCUCAGGUUUUUGUUUAUUUGCUUAUUUUAACAGAUGAGGAAGCUGAGUCCCAAAGAGGUAAGAUGACUUGCCCAAGAUCUUCCAGUUUGGGCUUCCAAAUCUCUAAGGCCUUUGGCUUAACCUGGAUACGGGAUUCAACUGGGGCCUUCCGUAUCAUUUGUAGCUCAAGAACAGGAACCUGCAAAGGACUGGCAGGGUAGCAGCAACAUUUCUCUUGGGAGACUCUAGAACAGGUCCCUGUUACCCAAAGUAAUCCAGAAUACUCAUAGGCCAGCAUGUGGGACCACUGGAUCUCUACUCUGCCCUCAGCCCCCCAAAUUACUACCAGGCCCCAUGACAGCCAGAGAUCAUUCACCCCAGUUACACCCGGGGUGCUCUGAGCUGGCAGCUCCAUUGUGUCUAGUCUGACACAUCCUUUCCCGAGUGCUUAAGCUGAAUGGAACGCGCAGAAGCUCUGGCUCCAAGAGAGACUCUGGGUGGAGUCCAGGGCUGGUCACAGUCCUCUCCCUUCCAAGGCCCUGCUGGGCAGUAGGGGAGGCCUUGCAGGGCUGGAUGGAGCCUCUGUCCAGGAUUGAGGGUUGGCAGAGUCAGACCGACACAGGCUUCAGGGACUCAGAGACAGGGGCCGGUUGGAUAUCUCAUCAGUAAAAGAAUUAUAGGCUCAGUGACUGCUAGGAUCAGCUGGGAUCAGCUGGGAUCACAGGGUGUGUGUGGAGGGUGUGGAGCUU